CUCUCUCUGGAGCUGAAAACCAGAAACAUUUUACAAAUAAAAUGUUCAACUUCUAGAGCAUUCUCUUUUUUUCCUGAUCCGCAACCGCAAUGAAAAAUGUACUUUUUAGAACCAGUUCGGCUCCGGUUCAGGCAUCUGCCAUUCUUAGUUCAACGAAGACAUCUCUCUGCGAUCUAGAUUCAACCACUGGAAUCUUGUUCUCCGAUAAAAAAGGGAAAACCGGGGUUUCUUUGAGGUCGUCGCUACAUUUCGACAUCAAAGACAAGAAGGAUGAUGCUUCGAGGAGGAUUCGACGAGCAUUAUCCGAAACCGACAUGAUCUGGUCGAUUAACAAAGAAUCAGGCCGGUUGUCCCAGUUGAAUGGGGCCGGAUCUCGGUUUUCCCCUGGAAGGAUAUCGGAUGUGGAAGGGCUUCAUGAAUAUGCCACAGAAUCGCGAGUUUCGAGGCGAAAGACGGUUGAUCGUGCUAGUUCUGCAAGAAUUUGGCGGAAGAAUGGUGUUGUGACGGAAGAGUUGGAGUUUUCCGGUGGUGGAGAGGGAAGGGGAAAGAAGAUUGGUGGAGGCGGCGGAGGAGGAGGCAGUAGUGGUGGUGGUGGUUCCUCCACAGGCGGUAACGCUGAUCAGAGCAAGAUCCAUGCUUAUUAUCAACAGAUGCAGAAAUCGAACCCAGCAAAUCCACUUCUCUUGAGGAAUUACGGCCAAUUCUUGCAUGAGGUGGAGAAAGAUGUGGCUAAAGCGGAAGAAUACUAUGGAAGAGCUAUAUUGGCGAGUCCUGGAGACGGAGAAGUGUUGUCUCUAUACGGAAAACUCAUAUGGGAGACGCAUAGAGAUCAAGAUAGAGCUCAAUCUUAUUUCGAUCAGGCAGUCCAGGCAUCUCCCGGCGACUGCUUCGUUUUGGGAUCAUACGCCCACUUCCUGUGGGAUGCGGAAGAAGAUGAACCAGAAGGGCAAGAAGCAGAAGAAACCAAACUGCCAGCUCCAGUUGAGGCUUUUUAAGCGAGAAUAUACCGACGCUAGCUCUUUGAUUUGCUCUGACGCAAACACGCGCUUCAACUGCGACACGCACUGCUCGGAACUUCUUCUUUCUCGACACGGUGCCCUCCUAUUCUGUAAUGAAUUAACAAUGACUAACAAGAAUAACCAUAAAUCCAUAAUAAUAAUAAGUAUAAUAACCGAGCGGUGGUAUUUACUCUAGUGAUGGGAGUAGGAGCGGUGAAGCAGUGGAUAUAUAUAUAUAUAUAUAUAUAUAUAUAUAUAUGUUAAUUAAAGAGACAAAAAUGAAGACUUUGUGAAUUGUGAUGUACAGUAUAAACUAUGAAUUUAUGAUAACCCUUCUCUCCA